UUAUCCAGCUCACCUGAAAAAUCUGUGAUAUUUGUUUUGAAAUGAAUUAUGAAUAUUUUUCCUGUCUCUGAUAUUUACAGUAGCCACAUACAAGGAGGGCCUGUUCAUCUGCUUAAAACUUGUUCCCAUUUUAUACAACUGAUUUAAACUACUUGGCAAGAAUGUAAUUUACCAUUUUUUACUACAGUGUGCUGAACAAUUUAAAGAAGAUGACAAACUCAUCGAUUGUGUCAUCAGUCAUGCUGGAGGUCCUUUACAGAAUGGAUGAUCUUAAAUACCUUUACUUCAUGAUCUUUUUUGUCUUGUACAUGUUUGUACUCUUUGCUAACACCACUCUGAUUUUUAUCAUAAUUACUGACAAAGCUCUUCAUAAACCUAUGUAUGUCUUUCUAUGUAACUUGGCUGUAAAUGGCAUCUAUGGUGGCACAGCUUUGCUUCCAUCCUUGAUGGGUACUUUAAUGUCUCCUUCUCAUGAGGUAUCUUUGGCAUGUUGUAAGGCUCAAACGUAUUUCCUGCACACAUAUGCUAUCAUAGAAUUCACCAUUCUGUCAGUGAUGAGCUAUGAUCGCUAUGUGGCCAUCUGCUACCCGCUACAGUAUCACAGUAUUAUGACAAUCACAAGGGUGUAUAAACUAAUUGCUUUCUCGUGGGGUUAUCCUUUAGUGGCAUUCGCUUUGUUUUUUAUUCUGACUCUGCGCUUGACAAUCUGUAGAAACAUAAUUGGGCGAGUGUAUUGUUCCAACUAUUCUCUUGUCAAACUGUCCUGUGAUGACACAAAUGUUGUGAGUGCUAUUGGAUUGUUUUCUGUUGUUGUAUACACGUUUCCUCAGCUUGCGAUGACCCUCUACUCAUAUGGACAUAUUCUAAAAAUAUGCUUUACUGCCACUAAAAAGUCUAAAAUAAAAGCACUGAAGACCUGCACACCACACUUAUUUGCAAUAUUGAACUACAGUGUGGGCUGUUUUUUUGAAAUUGUACAAAGUCGCUUUGACACAAGUUAUCUUCCCUUUGAAACACAAAUAGUUAUGUCACUUUAUUUCUUGAUAUUUCCUCCUAUUCUGAAUCCAGCCAUUUAUGGGCUGAGUGUUCAGGCUCUGAGAGCCAAUAUUUUUAGACUUUUUAGCUCUAAGAACAAGUUAUUGCCUUUGAAAUAGGAUCUUUGUUAUUUUCUAGAUGAAAAAUAUGCAUGUUUUCAAAUAUUUCAUUAUGUCAAUAAACAGCUGACGUUCCCAACAUUUGUGAACAAUAUCUGACUAUAAGUCAUAUGCAAGACGAUGUGUUGCCCUCUGAAAUGCAGUAGUCAGUUACUGUCACCAUUCAUGAUAACAAGCACAUAGUUUUACUUUGUGUUCUGUUACUCGCUUUACUGAGAAAUGUGGGGAAAAUAGGGGGAAGUUGGGUAUGG